UUCCAUGCGUGAUUUUGUUUUUCAACAACAUGGCGGUAUAUUUACUUCGCUUUCUCUGAUUUAGCUAGUGUGUUGUUAUUAUCGUCAGAAGUCAAAGGGAAGGCUGGUAUUUUUAUAUUGUAUUCUGACUGUUUGCAGUUCUAGAAUUUAAUUGUUUUAACCAGAAGAAAACAAUGAGUAACAUUUAUAUACAAGAACCCCCAACGAAUGGAAAGGUAUUGUUAAAGACAUCGGCAGGUGAUAUUGAUAUUGAACUGUGGUCCAAAGAGGCCCCAAAAGCAUGCAGAAAUUUUGUUCAGCUUUGCAUGGAAGGGUACUAUGACAGUACAGUAUUCCACCGUGUUGUCCCAGAAUUUAUCGUGCAGGGAGGGGAUCCCACUGGAACAGGAACUGGAGGAGAAUCCAUCUAUGGGCGCCCCUUUAAGGAUGAAUUCCAUUCCAGGCUGCGUUUCAACAGAAGAGGACUGGUUGCUAUGGCAAACGCUGGACCCCAUGAUAAUGGCAGCCAGUUUUUCUUUACAUUGGGUCGUGCAGAUGAGCUUAAUAACAAACACACUAUAUUUGGAAAGGUUACAGGAGAUACAGUGUACAAUAUGUUGCGAUUAGCAGAAGUGGAAACGGAUAAAGAUGAAAGACCACUUAAUGCACACAAAGUACGAUCUACUGAGGUGUUGCACAGUCCCUUUGAUGACAUAGUUCCACGGGCAAUACAAAACAUUAAAAAGGAAAAAGAAAAGGACGACGGAAAGAAAUUUCAGUCCAAAGCCACAAAAAAUUUCAGUUUGCUUUCUUUCGGAGAAGAAGCAGAAGAGGAAGAAGUAGAAGUAAAUAAAGUCAGCCAGAGUAUGAAAGGAAGAAGCAAGAGCAGCCACGAUUUACUGAAAGGUGACCCAAGAUUGAGUUCAGUUCCUGCUGUAGACCGGGGACAAACAUCUAAAAGACAAAGAGGGGAUUCGUUUGAGGGUAAGGAGGAGGAGGAGGAGGAAGAGGAAGGUGCAGACGACAGUGAUUGCAACACAGAGGAAAGGCAGCAAAUGAAAGACAGGAUCUCAAAGAAACUGAAAAAAGAUAAAAACAUAGAUGUCAAACAGCAGCCUGGAGAGAAAGAGGAAAGGGAUAAGAAAACCAGCCGUAGCGAUGAACUGCGUAAAGAGGCACGUCAACUGAAAAAAGAACUUCUUGCAGCCAAACAGAGGAAAGAAGAAUCUUGUGAAAAGGAAGUGGAAAAGGAAAUAGAAAAUGAAGAGAAGGCCCCUAAUGUUGCAGUGGCAGAAUAUUUAGAACAAAGGAAGAAGUAUGAUGAACUAAGGAAGCAGAAAAAGAAGAAAGGGACAACCAGAGAGCAACAGACGCUGGCUCUUCUUGAACAGUUUAAAUCCAAACUGUCCAGUGCCAUCACAGUAACUCCAGAGGAAGAUGUUGAGGAAUUAGCAGCAGAAGAUGAUGAUAAGGGAUGGAUGUCCCAUGUCCUUCAGUUUGACGAGCAAAGCAGAAAAGUUAAGGAUGCAACCAUGCAAGAUGAAGACACAUUUGAAAUCCACGACCCACGCAACCCUGUAAACAAGAGGCGAAGAGAAGAAAGCAAAAAGAUAAUGAGAGAGAAAAAAGAAAGACGGUGAACUUGUCUGUCUCCUUUGCAGAAAGACGAUGACGGAGAGGGUCAGCUGUGCAUGCUCUGCCCAAGUCACCAACCUCAGUACUUUCAGCUGCAUCAUUCUGAGUGUGCCUUGCAAAAUAUUACAAGUCAUAAAUUAUAGUUUACAGUGGGAUUAGAUGGCUUUAUGUUUGAUCAUCAUAGGAGUUGUCAUGUAUUGUGCAUAGAAAGUUAUAUAUUGUGAUGGAUUGCCUUCUUGUAACAAGUGUCUGCUCUCACCAGCCCCAUCUUCUUGUAGGAAAAUAAAACACUCACACAAUUGCUUUCUGUGAAACAG